UACUGUGACACUGUUGUUUUGUAAUGUUGACUUCUAGUUCUCCUUUGUACAAAGUAUUGGUUUAAGACGGAACAAAGUAAACUUUUGAGCGGUAAACAUUAUCUAGGUUAAUGGAGAUAGUCGAAGAAUACAGGGACGUGUUGAAAUAAUUCAAGGUUUGAACUCUUACUUAUCAAGAAAGAACCUAACGUUAAGCAAUUGCAUUGGUUGAUGAUGGCUAACAACAGGGAUGCCAGUGAGAGCACCCCUCUUUUGGACUCAAAUUCUGGGGAUGGUCCUUCACCACCAUCAGUUUUCCAGGGAAGAAGACUAGCAUGUGCUGGCAUCCUGCUGGCUGAGUCAUUGGAGAGGAUUGCAUUCUACGGCAUCACAUCCAAUCUUGUCCUUUUUCUCAAUGGUAGCCCCUUUUAUUGGGAGGGCACACAAGCGAGCCAGGCACCUCUGAUGUUCAUGGGAGUCACUUACCUGAUCUCACCGUUUGGAGGCUGGUUGGCCGAUGCAUACCUGGGGAAAUUCUGGACAAUUGCCUCAAGUUUGAUCCUGUACUUUAUUGGCAUGCUAUUUUUCCCUUUCAUUUCGCAAGAUAACACCAGGACCGCACUGUGUGGAGAAGAGGCGGCGUUUCCUGUGCAACCUGCUGAGUGUCUGAGCACAAACAGCACCCCUCCAAGCAAUGUCACUUGUCCCAUACGCGCUGCAUACUGUGGCCCAGUAGUCUACAGUGGACUGUUUUUAAUCGCAUUAGGUGUGGGUACUGUGAAGUCCAACAUCACUCCAUUUGGGGCAGAUCAGGUCAAAGACAGAGGACCAGAGGCCACGCGCAGGUUCUUCAACUGGUUCUAUUGGUGCAUCAAUUUAGGAGCCAUCCUGUCACUGGGGGGAGUGGCCUACAUCCAGCAAAACAUCAGCUUUCAGAUUGGCUAUAUCAUUCCCACCGUGUGCCUUGGGGUUUCCUUCCUCGUUUUUCUCCUGGGCCGAACGGUCUUCAUAAGCAAGCCUGCUGAUGGCAGCGCCUUCACAGAUAUGUUCAAAAUUCUGAGCUUCGCUUGCUGCUCCCAGAAACCCAAGGACUCUAAUCUACUCCGCAACAAACCAACACUACUAGAUGGUGCCAAAGUGACCUAUGGAGGAAAAUUUCCAGAAGAGAAAGUAGAUGAAUUGAAAUCCCUAGUGAAAAUCCUCCCUGUUUUCCUCGCCCUUAUCCCAUACUGGACUGUGUACUUCCAGAUGCAGACAACGUACGUCCUACAGAGCCUCCAUCUGAAGAUUCCUGAUACUGCCCCCUCAAACAGCACUCCUGACUCCCAGAAGAUGACGUUCCGCUUCCCGGCAGCUUGGCUCACCAUGUUUGACGCAGUGCUCAUCCUUAUGCUGAUCCCCCUUAAGGACAAAGUGGUGGACCCCAUCCUGAAACGCCGCGGCCUGCUGCCCUCCUCUCUGAAGAGGAUUGCAGUGGGGAUGUUCUUUGUUAUGUGGUCGGCCGUGGCAGCGGGUAUUUUGGAGACCAAACGUCUGGAUAUCGUCAAAGCACAUGGUACUAUUGACCAGACACUUGGCAACGUUGUCUACCACGCAGCAGAUUUACCCAUAUGGUGGCAAGUGCCACAAUAUGUGCUGAUAGGAAUCAGCGAAAUCUUUGCCAGCAUUGCAGGUCUGGAGUUUGCCUACUCUGCUGCCCCCAAGUCUAUGCAGAGUGCCAUCAUGGGGCUCUUCUUCUUUUUCUCUGGGAUCGGCUCCUUCGUGGGCUCUGGUUUGUUGGCUAUUGUGUCCAUUAAGGAGAUUGGCUGGAUGUCAUCCCACAGAGACUUCGGUAAUAUUAAUGAGUGCUCUCUCAACUACUACUUCUUUCUCCUGGCGGGCAUUCAGGGCAUCACCUUGCUGGUCUUCCUCAUUGUCUCUGUCAAAUAUGACAAACAGAGGGGCAGAGGAGGAAGCCAACGGCAGAGACACAUCUCUUCUUGACCCAAACAACAAGCCCCACACUGCAUCCCUCUCACCAUACCUGCCUUUCCCAGUCAAAUCACACAGUGCCCAAAGAGCCUGUCCAAUAGGUACUCACUAAUCAAAUCCUACAAAGUCACCACUGUAAAAAGUUUAACAUUUACAUAUGUGUUUCUUAUUUAAGUUAGUUUUAGCUUGGAAUCAGGGAUUCUUUAUCCACUUUUUUUUUAUAACGAUAAUGGUUUUACAUCACUGGGUGGAUGAAAAGGUACCACUGAAAAGAUAGAGAUUAAUAGAGUAAUGUUUUUAAUUCAUUUCUACUGUACUCUGUUACUCCUGUUUGUUCACUCCUGUUACCUUUCCUUGAUCACUUGCACUUGACUUGAGGAGUGGUGCCAUUAAAAAAAAAAAAAAAAAAAACGAUAUCUAGGUAUUUCUAAUCUUGUUUAAUUGUUUUUAAAGUUACAUGUUUACGUUCUGUUUUUUAGCAAUGUCUUAUUUUUGCAGGUACUAUUUUGCUAACCAUUUUUGCUACUGACCUUGGUAUGAUACAUGAGUAUUUAGUCGAAUGAUUCAAAGAA